AUGGCGGCACCAUUUCCUGGCGGUGGAGGAGGAGGCGUGGCGGUAAUGGCUGGGCCUCUGACGCCGCUCGAUCCCUCGCCUUCCAAGACUUGCUUGAAGAAUUCGGCGCUCAAGUCUCCAAUUCUCAUCUUCUUGCUGUUUCACAAAGCUAUUCGCUCCGAGCUCGAUGGCCUCCACCGAGCCGCCAUGGCCUUCGCCACUAGCCAAGCCCCUUCCGCCGACAUCGAGCCCUUGUUAGAGCGCUACCACUUCCUUCGCGCUAUUUAUAAGCACCACUGCAAUGCCGAGGACGAGGUCAUAUUUCCAGCUCUAGAUAUACGCGUGAAGAAUGUAGCUCGAACUUAUUCUCUUGAACACGAGGGAGAGAGUGUUCUUUUUGAUCAAUUGUUUGAGCUUCUAAAUUCCAAUAUGCAAAAUGAGGAGAGCUACCGGAGAGAGUUGGCUUCUUGCACUGGAGCCCUUCAAACAUCAAUUAGCCAGCAUAUGUCCAAGGAAGAGGAACAGGUCUUCCCGUUGCUUAUUGAGAAGUUUACAUUUGAAGAGCAAGCUUCCUUGGUGUGGCAGUUUCUGUGCAGUAUUCCUGUUAACAUGAUGGCAGAAUUUCUUCCGUGGCUCUCUUCUUCCAUAUCAUCUGAUGAACAUCAGGAUAUGCGCAAGUACUUGAGCAAGGUGAUACCAGAAGAGAAGCUUCUGCAGCAGGUUGUAUUUGCCUGGAUGGAAGGGGCAAAAGUUUCUGAGUCCAAAAAUAAUUCCAACGGCCAAUUUCAAGAUUCUGCAAAGAAGGGGCAGUGUGCGUGUCAAUCUUCCAAGACUAGUAAAAGGAAGCGCGUGGAGAUAAAAUCUGAUAAUUCCAGUACUAUUAUUUCAAAUCCUAUAGAUGAAAUACUUCUUUGGCACAAUGCUAUAAAAAGAGAGUUAAAUGACAUAGUUGAGGCAUCUAGGAGGAUACAACUUUCUGGGGAUUUUUCUGACUUGUCUGCAUUCAACAAGAGGUUGCAAUUCAUUGCAGAAGUUUGUAUUUUCCAUAGCAUUGCUGAGGACAAAGUUAUAUUCCCUGCUCUAGAUGCAGAACUCACUUUUGCUCAGGAGCAUGCAGAAGAAGAAAUUCAAUUUGACAAGCUUAGGCACCUCAUGGAAAGCAUCCAGAGGGCAGGAGCUAACUCAUCUACUUCUGAAUUUUAUAUGAAGUUGUGUUCUCAUGCUGAUCAGAUAAUAGAUAGCAUACUGAAGCAUUUCCAGAAUGAGGAACUUCAGGUUCUUCCACUUGCUCGUAAGCAUUUUAGCCCCAAAAUACAGCGAAAACUUCUGUAUCAAAGCUUAUGUCUGAUGCCCUUGAAGUUGAUUGAGUGUGUCCUGCCAUGGCUCGUAGGAUCACUUAGUGAAGAGCAAGCAAGUUCCUUUCUUCAAAAUAUUCGUAUAGCAGCUCCAGCAUCAGAUUCAGCACUGGUUACUCUUUUUUCUGGAUGGGCAUGCAAAGGUCGUUCUGCAAACAUAUGUUUGUCUUCACACAUUCAAACAGAUGGAGCAGAUGAUAAUCAAAGGCCAGUGAAGAGUGUAAGCUUGAUAUCAGAAGCUGCUGCUUGCCAGGCUAUGGAAAGCGUAAAUACCCUUCAAAGUUCUUGUGGUAACCAGACAUGCUGUGUCCCAGGGUUAGGAGUAAAUGACAGUAAUUUAGGAGUGGGUUCUCUUACUGCAGCAAAAUCUCUGCGCGCCUUAUCUUUUAAUCCUUCUGCCCCUUCGCUCAACUCCAGUCUUUUUAACUGGGAAAUAGAUGUCAGCUUUACUGACACCAAUAGUGCACCACGACCCAUUGAUAACAUAUUUAAGUUCCAUAAAGCUAUACGUAAAGACUUGGAGUAUUUGGAUGUUGAAUCUGGAAAGCUUAAUGAUUGUAAUGAGACUUUUAUUAGGCAUUUUACUGGUAGAUUUCGGUUGUUGUGGGGUCUAUACAGAGCUCAUAGUAAUGCAGAGGAUGAUAUUGUAUUUCCAGCAUUAGAAUCAAAAGAGACUCUUCAUAACGUCAGCCAUGCUUACACUCUGGAUCACAAGCAGGAAGAGAAACUGUUUGAGGAUAUUUCUUCUGUUCUUUCUGAGCUUUCACAACUUAGUGAAUUCAAAAGCACUGGAAAUUUUUCUGAUGAUUCAACUCGAAGCGGCUUUAACUCUUUCGAGCAUAAUGAUACUCUGAGGAAGUACAAUGAGCUAGCCACAAAGCUUCAGGGCAUGUGCAAAUCCAUUAGAGUGACACUGGAUCAACAUGUUUUCCGUGAAGAACUUGAACUGUGGCCAUUGUUUGAUAAGCAUUUUUCUGUGGAAGAACAAGAUAAAAUUGUGGGUAGAAUAAUUGGUACUACAGGUGCAGAGGUUCUUCAAUCAAUGUUGCCGUGGGUAACUGAUGUUCUUACUCAGGAAGAGCAAAAUAAAUUAAUGGACACAUGGAAGCAGGCAACCAAAAAUACGAUGUUCAGUGAGUGGCUUAAUGAAUGGUGGGAUGGAACUCCUGCUGCAUCUUCACAUACAGAAACACUGGAAAAUUGCAGUUCUCUAGUUUCAGGUGCCGAUGCCUAUGAAAGCUUGGGGCACAGUGAUGACACAUUUAAACCUGGAUGGAAAGAUAUAUUUAGGAUGAAUCAGAAUGAGCUUGAAUCAGAAAUAAGAAAAGUUUCUCGGGAUUCAACUCUUGAUCCUAGAAGAAAAGCAUAUCUUAUUCAAAAUCUAAUGACCAGUCGCUGGAUAGCUUCUCAGCAGAAGUCACCUCAAGCAUCUGCAGUCGAAGGUUCAAAUGGUGAAGAUUUGCUUGGAUGUUCACCGUCAUUUUGUGAUUCAGAGAAACAAGUGUUUGGAUGUGAGCAUUACAAAAGAAAUUGCAAGGUCCGUGCCGUGUGCUGUGGCAAGUUAUUUACAUGUAGGUUCUGCCAUGAUAACGUGAGCGACCAUUCAAUGGAUCGGAAGGCUACAUCUGAGAUGAUGUGCAUGCGCUGCUUGAAAAUACAGCCCGUGGGACCAGUCUGCACAACACCUUCGUGUGGUGGCUUCUCGAUGGCAAAUUACUAUUGUAGUAUUUGCAAGUUUUUUGAUGAUGAAAGGACAGUUUAUCAUUGUCCUUCCUGCAAUUUAUGUCGUGUUGGGAAGGGACUUGGUAUCGACUUCUUUCAUUGCAUGGCGUGCAAUUGUUGCCUGGGGAUGAAGUUACUGGAUCACAAAUGUAGGGAGAGGGGUCUAGAAAUAAACUGCCCCAUCUGCUGUGACUUUUUGUUCACAUCAAGUGCAACUGUGAGAGCUCUUCCUUGUGGCCAUUACAUGCAUUCAGCUUGCUUCCAGGCAUACACUUGCAGUCACUACGUCUGCCCAAUCUGUAGCAAAUCUUUGGGAGAUAUGGCGGUUUACUUUGGCAUGCUUGAUGCACUACUGGCCUCAGAGGAACUACCAGAAGAAUACAGGGAUCGGUGUCAGGACAUACUGUGCAACGACUGUGAUAAGAAGGGAACGGCACCCUUCCACUGGCUGUACCAUAAGUGCGGGUCUUGUGGAUCCUAUAACACUAAGGUCAUCAGAGUUGAUUCCAACACCCACUGCUUAACAUAA